AUGGCAGAAAGCGAGAGGAAGAAUGCCGCCGUGUAUCGCAGCGUCUCUUUCAAAAAGUUGGGGUCUUGGAGCGCCCACAGGAGUGAAGACCAACAACACAAAUCAGAGGAUUUGGAGGCAGCUGGCGUCGCCCUUCCUCCGGAGCCCAGCAAAGCAGAACAGCUCUUGGCGACGCGUAAUGUCAGUGUGUCAAGAAAAGUUUCCAAAAUCUCUGCCACCACCGCCGGCCUCCCAACCGCAGAUCCAAAGAGAGGCUCCUCCACUCUUCUCUCCUCUAUUUCUCCAUCAAUCCGCCAGCUCACUGAGAAGUUUAGCAGCAGCGGCUGCGCCGGGACGCACCGAGUCUCACCGGGAGACGGCGCAGCAGUGACGCGGAGGAGCAACACUUUCCCUCGGGCCAGAGGAUCCAAGACAGACGGGUCUCCGUGUCGUAAAUCUUUUCACGAGGACAGCGGUGGUGGAUAUUUCCAGGAUAGUGACACUACUACUGCGGAGUCUCUCACAGACAACAAAGUGAAAAAGUUUCACUCUGGCACUGACUCUGUGUCAGGCUCGGACUCAGAAAAGAAAAGUGAGGAACGGAUUUUUACGUGUUUAUCAACCGACAGCAGCAGUAACUCUGGUAAGAGAGAUUAUUCACAGAUCAAUGCAUGUCCCUCUGAUCAUAGAAAGACUUUGACUACAGAUGAGGAAGAGGAUGUUACUAGUAGAGGGCUUCCUCCACCCUGUAAAUCUCACAAAAGUUACCUCUCUACACACCACAGUGACUUCAUUCCCCUGCACUCUGACAAGUGGCCCAGUGUCACAAAAAUUAGACAAUUUUUUGAUGAGCCACAAAGCAAAGGUACUCAGCAGCACAAGACUGACACUUGUGAGAAUUUAAAAGCAGCCAUCAGAGGCCAUCUACACGAGCUUGGCCCCAGUGACAGUGCCCUUCUCUCAGAUAGAAGUGACAAACUCUCAUCUUGCAGCUCCAAUAAUGAAGCCAGUGGCUUGUCUUUGCAUGGCAAAUGCAUAGUUGGAACACAAAGCACAGAAAGCAGUACUGCUAAAGAGACUUUUUGUCACGGUAUGGACUUUUAUUCCAAAGCUGACCACCAGCGGUACUCAAAUGAUCAGGAGGCAGACAUAGAGACACAUCGUUCUAAUAACAACAACGCUUCUGGCAGAAAUACUUUUCAAAGCAGCAGCAGCAGUCACACUUGCACUGGGGGUAGUCACUACCAUAGGAUUAACCUAUCUCCAUACAGAUCUCAUAGUCCCAACACUGAGGCAAAGGCAGCCCAUAAGACCCCCAGGACAACAGGGUUGACAUCUGACCCCAACCCUGACCUUCAACCCCCUGCGACUUCGUCUUGGAGUCGACCGGGGAGCUUAGACACCUCCUCCUGCUCCUCCUCUCUUCAGCAGCCGACAGUGAGGGAGAGAAGGGAUAGACAGGGGGUCGGGCUGCCCAGGGAUAGUUUACAUUCCUCACAUAGCUCCUCUAGAGCACCAGCCCACACCUCCUCCUCCCCCUCCUCUGCUCCAGCUCCAGAUAAAGCCAUUACCUCCUACUCCUCUACUGAAGCUCCCUCCACUGAGCUAAGAGCCCCAACAAGAGUUGCCUCUCCUCUCAGCUCCCGCUGGAGGUUUAGCUCUGGAGACGAAGAGGAGGAGCACACCAGGAGAAGAAGAGGAGGUGGUUGGAGUGUUCCUUCAGGCCCUGCUCCUUCCAUCUCCUACAGAGCAGGAGAAAGGGGUGCCACAGAGCGAGGAGGCAGCUAUUUAUCCCGCACUAAAAAUGGCUGCUGGGGUGCUAAGGGCAUUGGCAGGUCUUCAGGCAGUGAGGAGGACAGCCCUGGUUCUUUAGGCCCCCAUAGUCGAGAGGCAGUCCGCCGCCGCUCACUGAGAAAAAAGAAGAAGGUCUUUGGAGCUGCUCUAGCAGCAGGCCGUGAUGAUUAUAAUGAUCAUGAUGGCGAAUCAGAAGACAGCGACAGUGACACGGGCAUGACAAUGGAGCACGUAGAGAGGCACCACCCACAAAACACAGGAGGAGACUUUGUGAGAACAGCAGCCCGGAGCCACUUGGCAAAAGAACCCAGUAUUCAUAGUAACAGAGCCAGGGUGCAGCAAUGGGAGCGCAUCUUCUCACCUGUGACGUCCACGACACUUCCUGGUGUAUCACGAGUGUCAAAGGUCAAUAUCCCCCCAUUUGUUUCCAGUCCUGGUGGUUCACGUUGCAACAGCCGAUACUCUAGCACUGAGACACUGAAGGAGGAGGACCAGGCUAGCUGCACCAACCGUACAGCAAAUGUGUUUUUUAACUCGGGUGGAGCAGGAGGCAGCACUAGCAAAAGUGCGUCCUCGUCCAUGCUGAGUAAAACGUACCAUGGGAAUUUUACUAUGUAUCGAUCCCCAAGCUUUGGCCAUGGGGAUAACUUCUCCCGUACCCCAGUGCGGGUGCGCACCAAGGUUGUGCCUCAAGUCCCCCCCUUACCUAGCAUACUUGCCAGAGAAGGUGGGGUAUCUGCAGGGCUUAGGGUUGGUGAGACCAUGGCAUUAAGGAGGACAACAGGUGGGGAUGGGGUAGAUGACAAUGGUAAAAACAGAAUAUCCAUGUCUAACCCUGAUAUUGCCUCAGAAACUAUGUCACUAUUAAGCUUUCUGAAAUCUGACCUGUCAGAGCUCAAAGUGCGGAAAACAAGUGGAGACAAAAUCGGGGACUUGGAGGGGUCCUCAGUGUACAGGAUGGGAUCACGGACUCAUGGCGGGACCCUUCUACCCUGUGGUCGUCGGCCAUCACUGAAAGACCUGACAGCCACUCUGCGACGUGCAAAAUCCUUCACUUAUUCAGACAAACCCACAACAGCCGUGAGGUGUUGCUUGACAGGUGGAACCACGAAGAGGAGCUCCUCUGAGCAGCAGCUUGACUUGGAUGGAGAAAGGGAUAGAGGAAGGGUGUCGUUGUCAGAUAGGGAGGUAGAAAGUGAUGGGGGUGAUUUUAGGGUUGGGAGACGACAAAGGAUGAGGGAAUAUGGAUUUGAUGAUGAUGCUGAUGAGGAAGUGAUGCCUCCAUUGCAGGAGAGGUAUGUGCAGGAAGCCAGGCAGGUCAUUCGAGAUAUCUGCCAGAUGAGUACUAGGGAAGAUGAUGAUGAUGUAGAAGUAAGGAGGACUGACAAUGAUUUGGAGGAUGAAUGUUUCAAGGUCACGAAAACAAAGGAGGAGAAAGCAGGAGUGAGUGUUAAGGAUGAGACAAGGAUAGAUCAAGAGGCUGAGUGUAAGAACACAAAAGACAGGGAUAAACAUGAGCUGGAGAGAGAGAACAGGGAGAGCGAGAGGGAUGGACAAAGUAUGCAGUUGGAGAAGCUAAACAGCAGGGGCACAGCGUACAGGGAGAAGGCAAAGAGACAGAGAAGAGAGACAGAGAGAGCCUUACUGAAGGGCGACUCGGAGGAAAGCAUGUUCUACGACCGCUCUGUGGAUGAACUUUCAGGCCAUGAGUCUAGUUUAACAGAUGAAGGGAUUGUAACAGAGCCAGAGACAGGCCCCAGUGACCCCUCUGAGAGGUCCUUCCUUGGGUCAGCAGGGGUUAAUUUAGGGUCAAGAAUCGCUAGGGAUGUGCUAGGGCAGCCUGUCACCGUAUGGAAGCAAUCUGCUCUCCAUGAGGCACAAGGGUUUAAGCAGGAGAGAGAAGAGAUGACGGAGAACAGCAUGAAUUGUUCAAAUCAUCUGAAUGAAGUCAGCGUGCCUCCCUCCUUGACUCUUCCUGCCCGUAUGGCUGAGAGUGACAGUAUCAUCAUGGAGCUGAGCAACACCGCUGGUAUCAACAGUGUCAAUGCUACCAGUGAGGAGAUCAACACCAACAGCGCUGUGUCGCAGAGGUCAGCAGGCACUGCAGGAGGAGGACUUGAAGCUCCUGCGACCCCAAGUGCUAUCCGUCGAAGGCGCAAGUUCUCUCCGUCUGGUAAUAACAACACAGGCUCUGAUUCCAGUAAUGCCAGUAAUGCAGAGUCAACAAUAGCAGCUGUUGGAAAUGGGGAGUCCACAGUCUACCGCUCUCUCAGUGACCCCAUGCCGCAGCGGCGCUGUUCUGUCACAGAAGAAGGGAAUAACAAUUUUUCCUCUGUAGACAGCAACCUGUUAGGAUCCCUGUCUGUCAAAGGAGGGGGAGGUGCUCCAGACGCCUCUGUGGUGGCAACCUUGUCAGAAUACAAGGGCAGUGUGGCCAGUGACUUGUCAGUUUACAGUGAUGGUGGUCUUCGAGAUGAUGCCGUUCGUGACUACAGCGGGGUGAUCAGGAGUAUCGUAGCUGAGCCAGGUGCAAUGGACAGACUAAUGACUGAUGACCAUGGCAAUGGCAAAGCUCCCAAGAAGAAGUCAUUCAGUGACCCCAGUCGUCGUAGCGAUGCCCCUUUACUUUCUCAGAAUGACCCUCAAUUCAGAGGUCAGAUCGGCAAUCCUCAGCCAAUCAGCGAGCUGGAUCAACCUAGCCAGAUCCCACCUUCCAGCAGUGAGCCAAUCCUGAGCGAGCAGCGAGAGGAACUGUGGAAGCCGGAAGUUGAGCCUAAACAUGCAUUGGUGAAACAGCAUGAAGCAAACGGCAGUAAAAAGGUUCGUUCCCAGUCAGAAUGCACCCCCCACUCUGAUAACCACAAUGAUGAAGAUGAAGAUGUAAUAGACCAAGGUGGAGAAGAGCAAGAGGUGCAGAAGUUUAACUUUGACCUCAAGCUAGCUGGGGUUCUGUCACCUAGAAUGGUUCGUCGCCCCCCUAGAAAGCGUCCAAACAGGUUGGCUCAGUUUUUCUCUCAUGAGGACCCAUUUGAGCCCCCAGAGCUGGGUUCAGAGGAGCAGGGGGAUCACAGGGACCAAACUGACCUCACCUCUCCUCUUCCUCCUCCCCUGCUGCAAUCCAAAUCCAAAACCAGGCCCAAGCAUGUCCGCCAUGCCAGCGAACCUGCCACCUUUAUCCCCAUCUCCCCACCUCCACACCUCCAGCCGCUGAAGGAAGCUGACUGCCUAGCCGUCCGACCAACUGCAGAGCCUUCAACCUUAAGUAAGCCUACUGGAGAUGAGGCCCCAUCUCUGGAGGAUGUGACCCAGAAAUAUAUUCUAGAAUUGAGCACCGCUGAGAGGGACAGUGAAGGCCCAGGGCCUCUUCCUGCGGCCAGGGAUGGAGCUGAAGGUUCAGUGUCUGCAUCAGAGGGGCCCAGCGAGACCACCACCAGUGGAAUUACAGAAGCUGGACCACAGAAGAAAAGCACAGAGGACACUGCGUCCACGGCUGUCCCACAGAGGAUCAAGCCCAGAGUGGACAUGAGGAAACAUGUGAUGAUGACCCUCUUGGACACAGAGCAGUCAUAUGUGGAGGCACUUCGCAGUCUCAUUCAGGACUACAUGCGUCCUCUCAAACAGCCAGACAGCGGCUCCAUAGUGGACCCACUUCUUGUGGACGAGAUGUUUUACCAGAUCCCAGAGAUCCUGGAGCACCACGAGCACUUCCUGGACCAAGUCUCCGGCUGCGUCAGCCAAUGGCACGACAGGCAGACCAUUGGACACAUCCUCAUCCAAUCAUUCUCCAAAGAGACUCUAGCUAAUAUGUAUUCAGCGUACAUUGACAACUUUCUCAACGCCAAAGAUGCUGUGAGGAUUGCCAAGGAGGCCAAGCCGUCUUUUCACAAGUUUCUGGAGCAAAACAUGCGUGAGAACAAGGAGAAACAGGCUCUAGGUGAUCUGAUGAUUAAACCAGUCCAGAGGAUUCCUCGCUACGAGUUGCUGGUUAAGGACCUGCUCAAGCACACGCCGGAGGAUCACCCAGACCACUCAUACUUACUGGACGCCCAGAGGGACAUCAAGCGAUUGGCCGAGAAGAUCAAUAAGGGCCGUCGCUCUGCUGAGGAGGCAGAGAGGGAGGCCAGGGUCAUCCAGGAGAUUGAGGCGCACAUAGAGGGAGUUGAACAUAUACUGAACCCACAAAGGAAGUUCCUCAGACAGGAAAUGGUCAUGGAGGCGAAGACAGUGGGGGGGAAGAAAGACCGUUCUCUCUUCCUCUUCAGUGAUCUGAUCAUCUGCACCACCCUCAAGAGGAAGUCUGGCUCAUUAAGGCGCAGCUCCAUGAGCCUAUACUCUGCUGCGAGUGUGAUCGAUACAUCCAGUAAAUACAAGUUCCUAUGGAAGCUGCCCCUGGAGGACGUGGAGGUGGUGAAAAGCUCCACUCAGGCAACAAACAAGGAGAGCAUCCAGAAGAUGAUUAGUCGAUUAGACGAGGAUCUCAGCACUCUGGGUCAGAUCAGCAAACUGUCAGAAACCCUCAGCUUCCCACACCAGUCCCUCGACGAGGUAAUAAAAGAUCUGAUGUCAUCAGUGCACAGGGAGCUGUCAGAGAAGCAGUCCCUGGCCUUCAGUAUGACCUUCCUGCCCACAAAGCUGGAGUUCACCACGGCCUCCGCUGAGAGCAGCUUUGUCUUCGAGUUUACCUCUCCUGACAUUCGCUCCAACUUUGAACAGGCAUUUGAAGAAGCCAAGAAGAAGUUAGCAAUGAAUAAGGACCAGUGGGACCCAGAGUUUCUUAAGGCCAUUCCUAUUAUGAAGACACGUAGUGGAAUGCAGUUUUCAUGCGCCUCUCCCAGCCAUAGCUGUCCUGACAGUGGCUGUGAGGUGUGGGUGUGUAACAGCGAUGGAUACGUGGGGCAGGUGUGUCUGUUGAACAUCAAAGAUGAGCCUACAGUGGAAGCCUGUAUCGCUGUCUGCUCAGCAAGGAUCAUAUGUAUUGCUGCGGUACCUGGACUCAAGGGAAGGGAGCGUGGAUCAGAGUCCACCCUUGCCCCUAUCUCCGGAGCACCCGGUCACGCCCAGCAGCAGCUCCAUAUAUCUAUCUCUCAUUCAUCUCUGGAGCUAACGGAGCAGCCUACAGGACCGGGGGCGGAGCUUGUUCCUUUUGACAGUGAUGACACGGAUGACGAGGAUUCACCCAGCCCUUCCUCCACUCUACAGAGUCAGGCCAGUCAUUCCACCAUAUCAUCCAGCUAUGGCAAUGACGAGGGCCCAGGCUCAAAGGACAUGGCUACAGAGACAACCAGCAGUGAGGAGGAGCAGGAGUUCCCGGUGGCAAGCUCCUACGGGGCUCCAGGGAUCUUAGGGGUUAGCGGAGGAGGUCGGGCCCACACAGAGAGCUCCAUGGAUGGCCGCGCCAUGCGCCGCUCCUCCCGGGGCUCGUUCACUAGGGCGAGCCUGGAGGACCUGCUCAGUAUCGACCCGGAGGCCUACCAGAGCUCGGUGUGGCUAGGCACAGAGGAUGGAUGCAUCCACGUGUACCAGUCCUCAGACAACAUCCGUAACCGUAAAAACAGCAUGAAGAUGCAGCACUCAGCCUCCAUCCUUUGUAUACUGUAUUUGGACAACAAAGUGUUUGUGUCCUUGGCCAAUGGAGAAGUGAUUGUCUAUCAGAGAGAAGCAGGUAGUUUCUGGGACCCUCAGUCCUCUCAGACAUUAGUUCUGGGCACGGCCAGUAGCCCUAUCACCAAAAUGGUUCCUGUAGGAGGAAAGCUUUGGUGUGGCUCACAGAACAGAGUCCUUAUUAUCAACACAACCACACUGGUACAAGAGCACUGGUUCCAGGUGGGUACAGACAGCAGUCGGUGCGUGACUUGCAUGGUGGCGUACGGUCAGGGUGUGUGGUUGGCGUUGCAGGGCAGCGCACAGGUCAAAUUGUACCACGCUCAGACCUUGGAGAGCCUGAUAGAGGUGGAUGUGGCGCCGGCUGUGCAUAAAAUGCUUGCAGGCGCAGAUGCGAUCAUCAGACAGCAUAAGGCCGCCUGUCUGAGGAUCACAGCAUUGUUGGCCUGUAAGGAUCUGCUGUGGAUUGGGACCAGUGCAGGUGUAGUCCUUACUUUGGUGAUCCCAGCGGUGAGCUCAGGGACUGGGGCUGGGACACUGAAACCUCCGCUGGCGCCGAUGGGCUCGGCUCACGGACACACGGGCCACGUUCGGUUCCUGACAUCAAUUGAACUGCCAGAAGGUUUUGACAUGAACUUCCCUCCCACUACAACUGACUCCACAGGCAACCAGUCCCAGAGCAGCAGCACAGCUGACGGGAACCUGCAAAGGCGUGACUCUGCGCGUCGCAGAGCCUCUGCCCACAUCCCUAUAAAAACUAACCAUCUAGUGAUUUCUGGCGGUGAUGGCUAUGAGGACUUCAGACUGACCAAUAGCAGUGAAACAGUCGGACGGGAUGACAGUACCAACCAUCUUUUGCUUUGGAGGGUCUGAGACAACCGGUUCUAAUGACCCGCUCCAACUUCCCUCUAGCUGAGAACAGCGCACAAGCUCUUGUCCUUUUCCCUUUCAGACUCCUCACAUUUUUGUGGUGUUGUUUUGGUCCUCUGCUCAGUCCACUGGUAUCUAUGUGCAUAUUAUGCCUGUCAACGCUCUCUUGGACUUAAUGAAUAUGAUCACUUCAAACCCAGUUUUCUUGUGUUAAUGUUUCUGGUGGUGUGGUUGUUCCUCACUGAGUGGUCUGUGCGUGUGUAUUUCAGGUUUUUAUUUUUAAUUUUUGGCAUUUACGAGUAUUGUCUAGAAAAAUGUCUUUUAACUCAAGUCUUUACUGAAGGAGACAGGAGAUGGAGAAGGGAAAUAGGACACUUUCACACGUGGAUGGAUGUUUAGACAAGUGAAGAAAAGGACAGAAGAGGAAAUGUCAUUGCACAGGAAGUUGAAAGAGGACAUGUAAGUGAACUGAGACACAAGUGAAGCAUGUAAUUUCUCAGUUUCUUUUUUGGACUUGGACAUAAACCUUUUACUCCGUCAUCACUUAUACUUAGCCUGAACUGCAGACACAAUGUCCCCCUGACAACCAGAGGGAAAUGUCAUGUACAAAUAUAUGAAUAUCUAUGAGUGGAAGCUAAGUAAAACAAACCAUCAGAGGCUGUCGUUUGAAGGAUAUUCCGAAUUUGCUAGCUAGAGUUCAAGCUUAGCUUAGAGAGGUUUAGUUGAUGUCAGUGAGCUUUUAAAGGAGUCCUUCAACCUGAUUGGCCAGGUCUGGGAAAAAAAUGAGAGCUCUGAGAUCAGAUAUUUCUGCUAGGGUGUGAUAAUACUAUCUUCUCCACAAUCAUUGCUUAUAGAUGUGCGACUGCUAAAAUCAGCUUUUCUCCUGUAAAGGGAAAGUGAAUAAGAGCAUCAUUUAAGUGCAAUAUGUGGCAAGGGUAUCUAACAAGACUAUAAACACAUGCACACAAUCACACACAUUAAUGCUUACUGAACCUCAAGACAUUUGUAAAAAAAAAAAAAAAACAUAAAUGUGUGUUUUCCCACAGAUAAUCACAUUGUAAUUGGUUUUCUUAUACAAUUUUUUUUUGCUGCCAGUUUAAGAUGACAUGAACGUAGAUGAUGCCCACUACUGGAGUUGAGUAGGGAAAAAAGUGCAUUGGCGACAUUCCUCCAUCACAAUGCCAAAGCCUUGUGUGUGUUAAAGUUUUGACAAGGAGGGAUGUGACAAGAUUUCUUUUGCCAUGAAUGAUAAAAAGUUUGUGGAGCGCAAAUCAGGAGCUGUUGUUGCAGAUUUCUAUAGAUAACUCUUUAAAGAUGACGCUAGGCUGUGUUAGCAGUUAACGAUAGUUAUGUACAGUAUUUAUGGUUUUGAUUUUUAGCGCCUUGUUUUUACAGCACUUAAUUUAUAGAAGAUGUAGCUUUCACUUUUUCUUUACCGGCUUCAUUACCGGAAUAGAUAAAUGGGCAUAAUAGGGCUUGGGUAGAGAGGUAUACAGUAGCAGUGUAACCACACCAUCCGCUCAUGGUUCGGCACGCUACACAAUGCAGGGUUCUUGUUUUGAAGUUUAAUGGCUCUAUAAAGGCAGAGAAACCGAUACAGAAAGGACUGGCUCUGUAAAUCAAUCCAGAUGUCCAUCCCAAAAUUCAGGUUGUAUCUGAACACAGCUCAAUCCUUAUCUUGAAACAACACAAGAACACAGUCACUCUUUUGCCUUUUUGGGUGCCAAAUGCUAAGAUUUGCUUAAUAUUUCAAUUAUUUUUCAGCUCCGCAGUGUGUAAUGUGGCAGGAAAUACAGCGCUAAGAUGUAUUAUUAACACCCCUAAUGCGCAAACCCACACAAACACUGAUUUCAGUAUUGAUUGUUGGAGAUGAAGGUGAUGUGUUUGUGAGACAAGAGAGUGCACGAGAUGUAGAGUAGGUCAGAAGGACAAAUGUUGAGCACCUGCACGUGCCUUGAGAAGGCUAAAAGUUAAGCCAUUAGACAUACACACAGUGAAAAGUCAGCUCUCCCUCGUCCCACAGCAGAUGUCUGGGGAUGUGAAGGGUGACUCUGACUUGUCCUUUCACACACACACACACACACACACACACACACACAUAUGUUAGCCUCAUGCUUUGGGGUUAAGCAGUGAUUGUUUUUGAUCCCUCUAAGCCUACAAAACCUCAUUGCACUUUGCCAGCCAUCUGGGAACUUCAGCUCAGAUGUCCCACUUCCCAAACGCUUUCACAUUAGGUCUACUCUCCCUCUGUGAGAGCAGCUAACCGUUAAGAGGAUUGGCUGGUUGUUGUGAUAGCUGCUAACUAGCUUGUGAGCUCUUUGCCUCAAGGCCUGUGAGUGUAUGUGUGUGCAUCAUCCACAAGUGCUCUGUUAUUCAGUUGAAAAGUAUAAAAAGGAGCUUGUUUGUGAUUUUUCUGCUCACAAUUGAGGUAAAAUUCCAACUAGCUGGUGGUAGCCUGUGAAGAACAUAGCAAAGGAAAUUUCAAGAAUUUUGGCAAACAAUACAGGACUAGUUUGACAUUUUGGGAAACACGCUUGUUCUGUUUCUUACAGUGUUUUGUGAGAAGAUUGACACCACUCUCAUGUCUGAACGGUAAAUAUUAAACCACAGCCGGUUAGCUUAGCGUAGCGUAGCAUAAAGACUGGAUAUGGGGGAAACGGAUAGGCUGCCUGCCUAUGUCCAAAGUUACAAAACUAAAUCUGCCUAAAUGCUCUAAAGCUCGCUAAUUAACACGUCAUAUCUUGUUUAUUAUGCAAGUGUAAAAAUGCUCAGGAAUCACUGUCAUUUGCUAAGUUAUAGCACAUAGCCCCCACAAAAACGUUUUAUACACUUUAUUUUUUGUACUCACUGAAAGUGAGCUAUUUCAGUCUUUGUGCUAAACUAAGGUAACCUACUGCUGGCCUUAUAUAUAACGAACAGACACAAGGGAGUGGUAUUAAUAUAACUCUGAGCAAAAAAGUGAGUUGUUCAAUUAUUCCUUUAAUGUCCUCUAAUGUUAAGGUAUAAAUAUUUGUUUUAAUGUUCUGAAUGAUUCACAACAAAAUUAAUAUUUGUGUUCUCAGUGCCAAGAGCUACCAAGUUACCCAUAAAGAUUAUUGCUGUAUAUCUAUACUGGCUGUACACCAAUAGGGAGUUAAUAUAUUUCUGUGAACCGUGAGAAACUGGGGGUGUUUAGAGGAACAUCUUGCGUAUACCACGCCGGUACUCUGCUGGUACCGGCUCUUUUGAAGCAGUGUUUCUAAAAUGUGAGUUGGGCUGGAAAAAAGUGUCACAGCCCCUCAGUUAACUUUUAGUGUGUUUUUAAGCUCUGAGGUCUCUGUGUGAAACAUUAUUACUAAAUGCCCUGGACUGAAAACUCUUAGGCAACAAUUUCUUUAUUUUGAUGAUUUUCUGAAAACCACUAGUGUCAUUUCAAAUCAGCCGAUUCAGAAAGUCUUUAAAAUCUGAAAAAGAUUUGCUUUAAAAAUGUACGUUUCCUCACCAGUCACAUAAGUAUUGACUGAAUAUGACUGAAUAUUCACAUUUUCAGCAGUUGCAUUUUAGGUUUUGAACCCAGUGUACUAACGUAGGCGCUCUUCACUUUACAGACAUACAAAGCAUGCACACAGACGCAAACACAUCUUAAAUAUGAAGUAAAGCUCAAUGCUAAUUUUACCAGGGUUGAGAGAACGAAGCAUUGAGAGAAUGAAGCAAAGUUGUGUGCCAGUUAAAGAAACGAAAAGAUUUACACUUAACACAAUUACACUCACCAUCACAUCAAACCCAUCCUUUCAUCACUGUAACUUGUAAGUAACCUUCUCGUGCCCGUAUGUGAGAGAAGUCUUUAUUGUUGUAAAUAUUGGUAUAUAUUGCCUUUUUUCUGUAAAUAGUGCCCCCGCGGUCCUCAAUUGUUGAUAUGAAUCUAAUGGCAUAUUUUUAUAUAUUUGUGUAAGGUUUGUUUUUGUUUGUAUUUUCCCCCUUCCUUCUCUGGCAUGCGCUGUCAGUAAUGUUUAAAUUAUAACUGUCAUAGAUCUUUCUAAAAGAAGACAAGAUGGCCUCUGUUGUUACAGACUGAAAGAUAGAGUUUUGGCAUUGAUGUUUUCACCGGUAGCCAUGUUAGCUCCAAAACGUAUGUUUGCCUUGUUACGAAUGUCUACAGGAAGGAAAACACCUGACUUUUGUUUACUCUGGUUGACAUUUUGCAGUUGUUAUUGUUACAGUCUAUCAGAGUUUCUUCCUGUAUGUAGCUGUUCUUGUUUUGUCACUGUGGGCUCCUCUUUGUAAUUAAAUCAGUUCACUGGUG